AUGUCGAAAACUCCGAACAGCAAGACGGCCGUGUAUGAUGGAAAGGAGGUCGAUCUCAGGCGCCCUCCUCCUCCUUCGCAGCCCUCUGGCGCCCCGCCGGCGUUCUACGACAGGGGCGUGGAGUGGAGGACGUUUUUGUGGAAUCCGAAAACUAAGGAAUUCCUCGGACGUAACGCCCAGUCAUGGGGAAAGAUCACAGCUUUCUACGUCGUCUUCUACGCCUUCCUGGCCUGCUACUUCGCCUUCAUGAUGACUGUCCUGUACCACACACUCGAAGACGACCGCCCUAAGUACACUUCGCACGGAGGGGAGUCCAUCCUCAAAGCCCCAGGUCUGGGGAUGAGACCAGAUUAUCGGUCUUCUGACCUGUACCAUCUCAUGGAAUACGACCCCAACGACGAGGAUUCGUAUGUGCCUUACGUGAACUCCAUAAAGAACCUUCUUGCCGGUUACGACAGUACCAGUGACGAUAUUCCAAACUGCAAAACGAGAGUGAGUAUUCCCUGUGGUUUCGACGUAACUUCUCUGCGAGAUUCGCAGUCGACGUGGGACGAAACUACCUGGGGAUACAACACUGUUUCCCCUGUGGUCAUCUUGAAGUUGAAUAAGGUUUUCGACUGGAUUCCAAAACCUUACAGCCCCAGUGGUACCGGUCUUCCAGAAGGACUCGGGGCCUACAUCAACGAAACUGUCACAACACAACCUCAGAUGGUGUGGGUUUGGUGCGAGACUAAAGAGGAAGGGGUGACCUUUACCUACACCCCCUAUCCCGGUUUCCCAGUUUAUUACUACCCCUUCGUGAACCAACCAGCGUUCGUGUCUCCUUUGGUAGCUGUGCAUAUCCAAGAUGUCCCUGUUGAGACUGAAGUAAGGAUCUCCUGCAAAGCUUACGCUAAAAACGUCAAAGACGAAGCUCUUCUGUUCACCUUGAAAGUGAAACCGGUAAUACCAGCCUAACCAGAAAGAAAAGAAAAUAAUCCCGUUUUAAACGAAUCCAGGUAAAAAUGUCACAGGAAAAAAAAGGCACAAUUAAUUUAUGUGCCGGAUAAGGCGUGAAAUUGGGUCUCUCAAUUAUUUUAUGUCUAGUAGAAGUCUUCACCUUUGGUCUAAAGAUUCCAUGCCGAUUGGUUCCAAUACUUUCCUGACAUCGAGUUUCAUUUUUGUUGACAGGCUGUGGACGAACUAUUCCAUAGUAUAAGCUUGUAGACCUACUGUAGAUAUUGUUUGUCUGUUUGACUGCUUUUUUGUAUUCUUGUUGCAAUUUUUUAAAAUCAUAUGAUAAAUUAAACAUUUAACAAGU